AUGGAAGCUGCCAUCUUACUGGGGAUCACCUGUUUCUGCUCCCCUUUGACUGCCAUGGUCUUGGACUUCAACACCAUCAGGGGCUCAGCUGAAGUAGCCACACCCAAGAAGAGUCCUCAGUGCUUGACAGACAAGGACUGCCAUGCACGGAAGUUUUGCUACAAGCCCCAGGAGAAGUUGCCCUACUGUGCUACUUGCCGAGGACUACGGAGGAGAUGCCAGCGCAACACUAUGUGCUGUCCCGGGAUGCUCUGCAUAAAUGAUGUGUGCAGCCAGAUUGAAAGGAUGGCACAGGUUGAUGAAAAGAAACGUGUUGAACAGGUUGGCCCUGGUUACAAAGACAUACAACACCAUCCAGUUCAAGAGGGCAACAUUCAGAAGAAAGGAAAUACCAAAAAUUCAAGUGAUGCAGCUCAGGAGGGAGAAAGUUGUCUCCGCACAUCUGAUUGUGCUCCAGGCCUUUGCUGCGCCCGUCAUUACUGGGAUAAAAUCUGCAAGCCCAUUCUCAUGGAAGGAGAGGUGUGCUCCAGGCGAGGACAGAAAGAGGGAGCUCAAGGAACAGAAAUUUUCCAGCGCUGUGACUGUGGGCCAGGCUUAUCGUGUCAACUGUCACAACAGUCACGCUUGAGUGUGUGUCUGAGAAACUGACAGUUACAGUUGUACCGAGGUUUUUCUAGCUCUUGGAAGGUGGUCCAAGUUUAGCAGUAAAAGAGACAUCCAGCCCACAAGUGAACUUGCUCUAAUUCUUACUAUAUAGUUGUGUAA